AUGCAUAUUGCCUGUAUCCAAGAUCCUGACGAUGUGCAACUUUAUGUUCAGACUGAAACUCAUACUAAGGGUGGCAUUCAGCUACCAACGUACCGAUGUGCCAGAGGAUCUACAUCUUUAGAGUCAUUCCACCUGCACCUGAACAGGUUCAUACCAGGUUGGUGAGCUUCUGCGAUCAGUUGCAGUUGAAAAUCCCAUGUGAAAACCACCUUAAACAAUAAGUAACUCAUUAUUUCUCGUCAAUCGUUUCAGGUACAAGUGCCAGUGAUCUUCGCUUCCAAGCAUACCUUUUGGAAGGUUUGUCUAGGUGGAAUGCUGAUCGUACAGCUGGUGCCGUUUCUGGUGUGAUGACUGGUCCAGAAACCUACUCUGUGGUGUUGGCGAUGGCUGGUGAGUGGAAUACUUGUUUAGUCAGACUGGUGAGGUGCUGGAAAACAGGUGUGACGAUUAUGAUGUGGCCGACCCCUCUUCUGAACCGCUGUCUGAGACUGAUGAUGGUCAACAACGGUGUUUUCCUGAUGAUUUCUCGGAGCAAGAUGGUACAGUAUAGAAACCUUGAGUCCAGAGACAAAUUACUGUUCACUCAUUAAUAUCACUUCCAUGUUCUGUUUUAUAGGUAAUCAACCUGAACGUACUAGUGUUUGUCACGACUCUGGUAUCAGUGGUAUGGACCAAAGGGAAAGACCUUCACCUAAGGUAUUUAAAAUGGAGGGCAGCAACAACAAUUAUUGUACAUUUAGUAUGUAUUCUCGUUUCUGAUUUGUCAGAGAGCACCGGAUAAUUCUCAAUAUUCGGUACUUAUACGUAAUUUCAGCUGCUGACGGGCUCAGCGUCCAAUAACAGUUUUUGGAUCGAACUUGCAUCCAAACAAAAAAUUAUUAUAGGACGCUGUCGUGCCCAAGCCCCGGCGCGUAAAAGUGUUCGUUUUCUACUUUAUUGCAGUAUUGUUGUAAUAUACUUGAAACAGUAAUAAACUUCGUUUAA